AUGGCCGAGGACGGAGCCGACAUGGAGCGGGGCAAGCGUUGCGUUAACGACAAGGCUACGGGGGAGGGGGGUCCGACGGGUAUGCAACAAUUGGGAGCCGGCUAUUUUGGCCGACAAGCGGUCACACAAUCUCCGACCUGGAUUCGCGCCAAUUUUUCACACCUUUAAAGCAACCAAGCUAAGUUCGUUGAACGUUACACCUUGUCCAGCUGCGCCGAGUCACAACCGCCCCCACAGACUGACGCCAUCUAACACGCGCAGGGCGGCGUCGCCUGUCAUCCAUGGGUCCUCAUGAUCCUGAGCGUCUUACUCAGUCCGUGGGCCAACCUGUCGCCCAUUCAAUACUUAGCUAGUUACUUGGUCAUGCUGGCACAGAGAUGCCAGACUUUCGUAAACGACAUCGCCCCUUACGCGCCACCGAACGGGAGCUUUAUUCUGGUCCACAAGCAACCAGCCAACUCACGGCAACCUGUCCUGUGUAUAGAAUACAGCGGUUCCAGUAGCUCGUUGACUUCUGGCAUUAGUUGAUCUGAUAUCCUUCACAGCUGCAACCCCAUAAACAGGAAGGACCCGGAGCUCUGUCAGUUAAACAGUGAUGCCAAUUCGAUUCUCCACUGACGCACCUCAUCACCUAACCCAAACGAUGAUAACAGCGACUUGGGAACAGUUUUCCACGACUAGUGCAAUAAGCUGCAACAAUAAGCUUUUGAAGGAGCCUAAAGAAGUAGCUGAUCUUCGCUCGAAAUAGUAGCAAAUGCCUCUUCUUCCUGUAAGUUACAGUCAUUGUCAGAUAAUGUGGCUGUCUACGAAAUUGACAAUUUUGGUGUUCGAGGUAAGACUGGGCGUGCAGAAGUACCCAAAAUUAACCAUUUGUAUCUAAGAGAUGCUAACUACUUCCCCAGCGCAAUUAAUUUAACCCUGGCUGCAGUCGAAAAAGGUCCACGCUGGCCUCUUUUGCGAUGUAACCGAUUGGAAAGAAGUAUGCAUAUUGAUAUGGAGAGUGCAAGCGGCGUAGAGCCACGGCCUAAGGCGUUGAACAGGGGGCCAAACCGGCGGCUUGAGACACGCGUGUAGACGGCCGUCCGGCGUGCACUGCAGCGCCGAGCACGUGUGGUGGCUUUGCUCACGUGUGCGGCCCAAUCAAUGGCUGGUCGAACAUUCCGGAUGUUUUUGCGGGGAGGGGGGGUAUCGCGCACGCGGUGGCCAAUCAGCGACCAGCACGCCACGAGCAGGAACAUUCUAGAACGCCCUCAACGGCUGGCACGCGAUUGGGCGCAAUGUUCCAGAACGCACAGGAGCCAAUAUAAAUAGCGCAUCUUUCUGAUGAGUUGUAACUCCUCGUGUCCGCGAGUUGUCAAUAAAGUGCUUGUCCUCCGAACCGGCUCUCCUCCUGUCCUACAUUUCUUCCGGGUCAUAACACAUACGAAUAUCAGAAAUAUAAGAAGAUAAAUGCGACAUUGAUUCCGGCUUCGUCUGCUUUCAUUCAGGCAAUCAGUCGCAAGUACUUGCGCACACUUACAUGCACAGGGCAGAAAAUCCACAGACAUGAUUUAUUAGAUGUGCCAUAAAUGUACUAGGGUCUUGCUACCUGGACUCCUCGCAAAGGUAUACAGGUGGAAGCUGGGUUCUAGGAACUGUUUUUGACACGCAUGAGUGACUCCUGACUGUUCAGUAUUUGCGCUGCCGGCAUGUGAUGCAAGCCUAGGCAAGCAGUUAUGCAGUCAGAGAAGUGAUUAACUGAAUGAGGAUAGAGAAAUCAAAAAGAGAGUCGCGAAUGCACAUUUGGGUACAUGGCAGCAACUUAUGAAUGUUGCGUUAGUACUGUCAAAAGGUAUUGCGCGAGGGAUAUGAAGGUAGGCGGCUGAGUCAGGGCCAGCAGCGAAACUGUACUGAACACAUUGGUGGAGAACGAUGGCACUGCAUUGCCAUUCUGCUAUUGGCGGAACAGUUUUGGAGGAGUGAAGAUCCACCACAUUCCAAUGCAUGUACAGUAGGUGUGCUGUCUCAUGAAAUGUUGACCGGAAUUCUGAAAUGUGCCUUCGGUUCGUAAAAAUUGCUCAAGUAGGGUUUUAGUAUAAAUUGCCGUGCAGCAUAAUCCCGAGAUAUUCCAGUCAGAUGGGGAUUUGGGCUUUUGAAUGAAAUUCUUUUCGGCCGUCUGAAAAGACUUAACCCUGCGAAAAUAACCACUUAAAUAGUGUGAAAAAUCCCCAUUGAUUUUAGGCGCCUUUACAUAUAUUUUAUAUAAAACGCCCACCAAAAUAUCCUUUCCUUUAUUUGCUUGGAAGCAAAUUGCAUGCUAAAAUUGUAUACUCAAAGAAAGACUGUCUUUUGGUUUCAGCCAAUUUUUUACUUAUGAGAUUUUGAAGACCGCAAAUGUUUAUUCAUACGGCGUCGCGUCAGCACGUUUAUUAAUGCCACUUAUCAAUUAUACGACAUGGUUCACAUCCAUUGUAUAAUUUUAUGAUUGCUAUAUGACGCAUUCCUAAUGGUUUAGAGAAAUGUGUGCUUUUACUCUGACAAAAUGUGUACAGCAAGUAAUUUGAAAACCCUGAAUACAGGGCAGCGGCAGGUCGCUGAAAAUUUUUCAAAAAUUGUAGGUUUUUGGAAACCGGAAGAUAUACUUUCUUUGCGUAUGAAAUUUGAAGAAGAUGCAACCAUAUAAGCGUAAGAAAGAAUGUCUUUGUGGGCGCUUCCUGUAAUAUAUAUAUAUAUAUAUAUAUAUAUAUAUAUAUAUAAUACAUGAGCAGCUCGCUAAGAGUGCAACAGGCCAGACGCAGACAGCUGUUUCACGGUCGUUACCGAUCAUCAGUACGUCAUAGGCCUUAUGAAGUGAGGUAUAUAAGCAUGUCAAGUGGGCGUUUGACCCUCACUGUUGUGGUUAGGAUCUCACUCGAUCCCAUUCUGUCCGCCCGCCAGCUUCCUACUGGCGACAACGAACGCUAUGUCAGAGGACACAUACCACAUAUAAUACAUGAGCAGCUCGCUAAUAGUGCAACAGGCCAGACGCAGACAGCUGUUUCACGGUCGUUACCGAUCAUCAGUACGUCAUAGGCCUGUUGCACUCUUAGCGAGCUGCUCAUGUAUUAUAUGUGGUAUGUGUCCUCUGACACAGCGUUCGUUGUCGCCAGUAGGAAGCUGGCGGGCGGACAGAAUGGGAUCGAGUGAGAUCCUAACCACAACAGUGAGGGUCAAACGCCCACUUGACAUGCAUAUAUAUAUAUAUCAGAGGGGAGACGACAGAGUCUGGUGGGUAUAUUGAUACAGCACUGUUUCGGGCUUGUUUGCCUUCAUUCAGCCAAUCAUAACCCUGGCCAUCAGCUUGUACCGGAAACACAAACAUGCGCACAGACGCACCUGGCGCAGCUGGUCCACCAAUGGGGUCUACCAGAUGGGUCAUAAGCACUUCAUCGAACCGAAGUUCAUCAGUGCCUUGCCACCUGCCAAUCUCUGUCGCUGCAGAUCGGGUAUUUAUUCACUCAGGAAUGGGCGCACACCGAUCCAUUGGCUUCCAGAAGGCACAAUUUAAAUGGAACAGAUUGUUUGGGCAAGGGCAGCAAACCUUAUUACGUAAAUAUUUCGACGCUGAUUCCCCAGGUCGUCGUCAGACGUGCAGUAUAUGUGUAAAACUGUUUAAAUUUUCAAACGUACCUGAGAAAAUUGAUGUUGCUUGAUCAUUUCUGCAAAUAUGCCUUCAUUGUGGACUGACGUCUCGUUCAAAAUGGCUGUGUCGCGGUAAGAUCGCAGUUGGUAACCAGUCAAUAUACGGUAAUACUGUCGACGCACGUACUUGUUAUCAGUAGGUGUGCUCUUACUGAUUUAGGCAGGUCGCCCGUUUAGGUCAGGCUGUUAGGUUUAGUGAGGGUUAGGGUUAGGCGUAGGUUAAGUUUUAGAGUUAGGGUUUGCAUUUUAGGGUCAGGUUUCAGUGUUAGGGUUUACGUUCUCGUCAGGGCUACGGUUAAGGUUAAGGUUAGGGUUACGGUUAGGGUUAGGCUUAAGCUUAUGGUUAGGGUUAGGACUAUGGCUAGGUUUUGGGUUAGCGUAGGGUUUUAGAAUUUUGGUUACGUUUCGGUUUUGAGGCUUAGGAUUAGGCUUUACGGUUGCUCUCAGGGUUGUAUUUUAGGGUUAACCAUAGGGUUUAAAUUUCUGUCAUUAUUCCACUUCCUUAAAUCUUCCCAGCACUUUCCCUGGUAACUUUAUUUUUACCCAGAAACUCCAGCAUUCCUCUACCAGUCCUUUCAUUUACCCCACCCAUAUAACCCCGUUUCCCACCAUUCCCGUGCGACAGGGACCUGGCUGUCCGCGUCCCCAUUCCUGGCUACCAACUGCGAUCUAACCAGGCUCUUAAGCGUCCUUCGGGGAAGAAGUAAAUAUCAGGUCAUAUUGCCAAGUACCCGAGACAAACUGAACCAAACAUGACUGAGAUUUAUGCACUGUCCGAAGUACCACUACAACCAACAGUAUCCUUAAUCGUUGCACUCAGUUAGAAAAUUUAUAGGUCGCUGUUCUACAAAUUCUAUCCAUUGACCAAGAGUUGUGGAAUAUCAAUGAAGAAUUCCAUCGGGUUAAUGAACAAACUACGGGGACUCGUCAUUGUUGCAGAUGAAAAAAUGGUAUCUUUCGAUGUUGUCUCUCUCACUUUCCAUAUCCAUACCAUUAAAGUUGGUCGGGCAAUACACGGAAGAACUACUACAGUCCUGUGGCACAGAUGUUCCGACACCUUCUUUGCUUUAACUCUUGAAUCUCUGUCUAGAAACCAACUUUUCAUCCUCCCAAUAAUAUUAUCAGCACGUAAUGUGAGCCCGUAUGGGGUCACCUAUUUCUAGUUUCCUGACUGAGGUCAUGAUGCAAAAAUUGAAGGCUACGGCCCUACUAUGAGUCAGCCCCAAAUUCUGGGUAGGCUGUGUUGAUGACACGUUUGUCAUAGUUAAAAGGGACCAACUGAAAACACUGCACAGCAUUAUGAAUUAAACGGUACCAGGAAUCUCGCUUACACUCAAAAAAGAAGUUGACGAUAAACUUCCGUUUCUUGGUGUCCUCCUAUAGCAAAAGACCGAUGGGAGGUUGCACAUCGUUUUACCCCAAAGAGCUUUAGCGAAAGUUAUCUUGCAUUACGGGAGAAAGCACGCAAUCGCUCACAAACGAGGUAAUGUUAACAUACUAUCUAAUCGACAAAAAAUCCGAUAAUCAUAACAUCGCAUCCGACGAUGUCCACUCUGUGCUCCACAACAAGGUGAAGCAGGCACGGUGACUUGAGCGUGAUUUAGUUUAUAGCGAAUGUAGACAUGCGCUGCACUUAUCGCAUUCUCUCCUCCCCCACCCGGGCGGUGAAGAUCAUGUUGUUGGUUUCGCGAUGACGGCAGAAGUUGCAGUGGCUUUCCGGCAGGAGACCCUGUUCCCGAUGACUGUUCAGACGGUUGAAAAAAAUGCGGCCGAAUAUUUUCUCGAUGACGUUGAGCAGAGAGAUGCUUCGGUGGUCGUUACGGGCCUGGAUGGCGCUGGCCCUGUUAUCUCUCUGUGGGUAACAUUAACCGGCAGGCUUUGUGAGCUAAGAUAUCGUUAUAUAACGGCCACCCAACCGUAUCGACGAAUGGGAGUGGCCGUAUAGCUGUGACGCGGGUUCCCGCGCAUGACACUUUGUUCACACAUUCCACAGCGUCAUUAUUGACUAAAAGCCCAAACGAGCGUUUUGCCAACGUUUAUGUAGCUGCAUGGCGUCACUGCAGCGUCUUACUUAUUGUUCUGCUGCAAUACCACCAGAUAUGAAUUCUGAACUAUUAAUCUCCAGCAGUUUUAGGUGAAAACCUUGACAUUCUGUCUAUUGUCAGUCUCAGAUAUAAAAAAGCAAUGGAUUUGGAGAAAAUCAGUUUUGCUCAUGGCCAUCCCGCAACCAAAUUGUACUGCAGGUGGAAAAGUUUUGCAGGAGAGCGGAUCCACCCUACUCAAAACGUAGAUGCUAGCUACAAGCCCGCCCAAGUGCCUCACAAAAGUUCCCACCGUUCUACGUCGCAAAUAGAGGACUUAGGUUCCUCCAUGUGGUUAAAAAUUCUCUCUUUGUGAUUCCCGAGUCUAUGAACUCCAAAUACAGUGCGUGACCUAAUUCAUGAAAUGUGUAGAAAUUUACGAAUGAUUGCCAAUCACUCGCAAACCGACACCAUUUCAUAAGUCAAAUGUCAACGUUAAUUAAGUACAAGUUUAAAAGAAUUAAAAACAUAAAAGAACUAUUAUAGGCAGUGCUGCGUUGUUUAGAAAUGUCGGUUUAUUUUGAAAUGCGCAAUAUCCCGAAAACGUCAGAAAUGGCUCUUAUUAAGUAAAGUUCGUUUUUAGAUGUAUAGAAUGUAUUCUCAUACCAAACACGUCGUAAAUAUGAAAGUAGACAUAAAAUCACGUCUAAUAUCAGCGUUUCAGUGAAGUUUACAUCUAAGUAUCGUUUAAUAAGUAGUGUGACAUCAUAUAUGACGGUUUGUCAACCGCCUACAUUCUGGGUGUAGAUUCCAAAAAAGUUUUCCAGUGUUUCAUAAUUUCACUAAUGGUUUGGAGUUAAAUGAGAUGGGGUUCAACAGGAGAAGCUAGAUUUUGCUUGAUUUCGCCCAUGGGGUCGUCGUAGGAUCAAAAGUUUUCACAAGGUGACAUGCAUUGAGGCCAGUCGGUGUAUAAAUGUCAAACUAUUAAAUUCCCACACCUUGUCAAGCGGGAUAUAACAACGUAUGAUGAAGGCUGUUUCGCUAAAACCCCUGGAGCGUUUGUGUGGCCACAGUUGGAGUUCAUUAUCAGUGCCUGGAGACCCUGAGCCGCUAAAAGUCGCAGCGUCCUCAAAAAAGCCCAAAGGCUUGCUAUAAAUUCCGAGGAGAGGGGUCACUACUCUGGAAAAAUGUCCGUAUUGUCAUGACCUUUUUCCUUUGAGUUACUGACAACUACAACACGACCCGACGCAAACAUGUGGUCAGGACAGAGGAUUUCUUCGAGUUAACAAUCACAGCUAACGCUCGAGUACAUUCACAUUGACCACGUAUGACUGGUAUGAGACUGGGCGCACGGAGGUCCAUCCUCGUCAUCAAAGUGUUUGGAACAUAAAACGCUCUGUCCCCCGAUGUCACCACGUUAGCAUGUGUGUAUGAUCUUAUGAGGAAGCGUGACCACUAUACCUUCGAGCACAAUAAUCUCUGCCAGCAACAGCUCAACCCAGUCCAGUCUGGCCCAAUUAGGCGGAGUUUGGCUACAUGGUUGGGCGACGGUGUGGCAAGGGAGGAUGUGGCCCAAUCUUUCCAAAAAAAUGCGCGCGGGAGCUCGCCUUUUAAUGCUUUCCCACUUCACGUAAUUAGCACAGACAGUAAUAUCACACAUCAGAAAGGCAAUAGAUUGCGUACCCCAGUAUGGAUAGAACCAGGACGAAGUUAAGACAUGCCAUCAUGACGGAACGUUUAGACGAUGAGAGCUACUUUAUAUGCUUAAUUUUAUGUAUUUGGGUUUUAAUAUGGUUUAUCUUAGCGGUUAAAGGCAUAAUUUGAAGCAAGGAAUUGUUCCUUCAUUAAUCCGGAAUGAGGUUAGGCCAAGGCCAUACCUAGCCCAACCAUGGCCCACGUGUUGGCAGGGCUGUAGUCGGUGCAUAAAAAUGUGGACCUCCUUUCCGGCCUAAGUCCUGACAUUUAACAUAUUACUGAAUAUUUUUCAGUAAAGGUUAUUUAUGAUUUUGUUUAUUGCCACCUCCGCAAUGUUCAAGAGCACUGGCCGUUUAUCGGCGAUCGGAGACAAAUGCCAUAGUAGUACUUUUAGUUGGCAUACUUGUACUGACUGCUGCUCUGUGCGUUUUCCAACCCACAUAUAUCGCUAUCAAUGCUAUUGGCGUUUUAUAUAUAAUGUCUGUAUGCCUCCGCCCACCACCUCCAUACGGUGAAGCCAAUGACUGGGAUUUCAACAAGCGUCCUAGUCCACCCCAGUUCUCUGAAAAAAUAACGGAAAAUAGUUUGCCUGUAGAACUGUUUCUAUGAGGCGAUUUACGCAAAGAAAGUAUCUGCGUUUUCUGUACCGAAAAAAAACUUGCAGUAGUAUUAGUCAGUUGUUGCAAGAGUACAAGAUGACUGACCCCUCGGUCUGGGCCAUAACCCUUUCCAUCAGAGUUUGGUCCACAGCCGCUUACUGUUUAGUGUUGUCCCCAAAUUUAAGGUCUUUUACAUUUUAUUACAGCAAAUAAUCCCAAUUUACCAUUUGGAGGCGUCGUAGUUCAGCGCACGGCCAUUGUUGUCAGCAAGAUGUUGCGAACUGCUAUUGAUGUGGAGCUUGAUGAACAGACACCAUCGUGACUCAUGCAUAAGAUGCGUUUACUGCCCGCUGGUCAUCAUCUGGGUGGUCUGAUUUUCGUGAGUCCUGACUCGACAAGCUACCCAUUCCCAGUGAGCAUGUUUUAGCCAUGUUCGAGGCCAGCAUUUCAUAGCAUAUAGAAACGACCCACGUGAACAGCACAGGGAAAUGCUACCCAAUUUAUGUGCUCUAUUUCAAACACCUCCAGCCAAUGACUUCUAUCUAAGCUUUGUAUGAGCAGACGGCUGUGCAAAUAAAUUAGGAAACUUAGUUACAUAAACCAAGAAAGGUUUCUGGCGUCCGCCGGGAAUUCGCCCUUUUGCAUACAGUAUCCUCGUCAUUGCGCAAUCCCAUCACCGGGUAUUUCAAAAACAAUACAUGCAUUACUCCGCAACUAGGUGACUUGAUAAGCACAUUGCGUUUGUUGUACAUUCGUAUCAUUUUACUGGGCUCGGUAUCAGUAGAUUCAAGCCAUCCAAAAAUUCCAUGUAUUGCUACUGGUGUUCUCAGACUCUCGAUCGACGUCCACAGUAUCCAUAUUGGUACAAUAGAAUUCCCGAUCCGAAAACACGGAAGCGAGGGUCGGGAAAUUCGAACGAAAAGGCAGGCUUUAACAGUAACGAAUGCUACUGUCUAAUCGUUAUCAAUUCGAAUUUUUUUACACCCUUAAAAAAAUCAGUCGUCUCCGUUUCCACGCUCACUUGGGCGUAGAGGCAAGCGUCAUUUCACGCUUCUUGAUGUCAUCUCCUCAUUUUGACACCAAAUACUCCGUUAACGAUCACGGUGGAAUCCCUUCUUUUCGUCAUCUACUAGUAGUUUGGUCGGUCAGCAAAGAGGUCUCAGCGUCGCAUCUCCACUCUCUGAACCACUGCCACGGCAGGAAGCGUCUGGAGUCGUUUACCGGAUCUGGUGCAGUUGCGGACAAAGGAGCUACGUCGAAUAAACUGGGAGAUUACUCCGUAAGCGUAUUGCCGAGCACGCAGCAGCAGUGAGGCGGGGAGAUGCUAGCUCUCAGAUAGCGGCUCAUCCGACGGGAACCGGCCAUAUUUUCAAGCUUCAGGAGGCCGAAAUUCCCGCAAGGGGUGACACCCGCCUCAGCCGCGAGCUCGAGUCAUGGUUCUCAGGCCCACAGUCCAUCAACAAGCACAAUGACCCCCCGAUACCACAUUCCGUGCUGAUAUUUUCCCUGGGUAGGGGAAUCAGUCAUGUGGGGAGGGCGCGUGCGAACAAUUAUCCCAGCGACAGUGAGCCAAUUUGCCGAGCAAUCGUCCCACCAGCAUCUAGCACGGAGGAAGAAAUCACGGUCAUUAACGACUGGGACGCGGACUGACAAGCCAACACCGCAUCAAUUACGACCCCAGCGGUGGUUGCGAGAGUUGCUAAUUACCGUGUGCAUAUGGUCCCACGGCAGCCACGUGCUAUAAAUACUGCACUCCUUGUGCCACCAUUAACCUUAGCUGCGACUGUCUCUUAUGAUGGAUUCCAGUGCGAAUCCGAACCGUCAGGCCAAUAAAUUUCUUGUUUCAGUGAUCACAUCUUCGUCUUCUCAGCACGGUUUUGGCUUGCAGUGUACUUAACCUCUACAUCCUAAUCUGACCUUUGUCAUUUUGGGAUUCUCUAAGACUUUGAUUGUUCUCUGCGACCGUUUCUGUUCGCCAUUUUCCCGUAUCCCAUUUUAAUCCUUAUUCGUAUUAGUCUCUAUAGAGUCGUCGGUUUCUUUCUGAUCGAUCGGCCAAGUUAAGGGAAUCGUAUUUAUGUAUGUUCUUCAUUUUUUCGAAUUUUUAGUGUCAGCGAUUUUCUUGCUCUGGGUAAAUGGCGAGGGAGUUUUAUCAACUUCUUUAUUCCCACCUUUAGGCCCUGUGUCUCAUUCUCAACUUCUAAGAAUUUCUGAAGGAGCCUGACGCAUGUCGUACAGGCUUCGUAUUCGGCGUCGAUCCGACUUAUUAAUUUCCUUGCCCGUUUGGUGAGAGAUGACUUUAUGGCAGAAUGUACACAAUUGCAGUCAUUUUCACUACAACCAAUUUUUGUCUGUUAAGUUAUCUCAGCCCGACCACUGCGCAUCAACAGUCUAGUGGCCACCUUGUCAAUCACGCCACACCGGGGCAGAAACUCGACUCUGACUUGUGGCAGAUUUUUUUGUAAAAGGAUCUGAAGGUGUUUUCGACUGCUAGUAGUAACUGAAGGAAAGCGAAACGUAUCCUAAAGCAUUAGACGAGGAUCUUCAAUCAAAUAAACUGUACGAAAUAGGUAGAGGAAAGGCUCAACCGCUCUUCGAUUUGGUGAAGCCCGCCGUUGUAAGCUUACGAGGGUGAGGAUAUUGCCAGCCCAAAUCCAACUUUUAUUAACCGCAGGCUGCAAAAACAGCCAGUGCGCCGAAAUCCCAAAAAAUGUACUAUUCGGAAAUAGAAAAUCUGGAACAAACUUCUGAAACAGUUAUAUUUAUGUAUCAGUGAAGCGGCCGAAGACGUUGAGGGUAACAUGCGCGGGAUAACGUGGAGUACUUUAUAUAAUUCCUGGCUAAUCUGAUAUGAAGAGAGUUGUCAAACCGGUCAUCCAUCUCAUCCAAACGGACAGAAGGAAAACUCAAGUGGUGCGCAAUACGUAUACCAAGAGUAGCGUGAUAGAUACAUAGGGAAAUAUUAAACUAUACAAGGGAUGAGAAAUACAACAGAAAUGAUUAUCUGUCUAAAUGAAGAGGUGAUACCAACAUACAAGCUAGACUACCGGCGGGGAAUACAGCGCUGUCGGCAAUUGUGGAGUGGGGCCGUGGGAAGUCCGACGUAGAGCGGGGAAAUACGAUACGGCAGUGGCGGUAACAGUGGGGAUGCGAGGACAGAACAUCGGUUAUUUUUACUGAUACGCGGUCACACCAUCAUUAUCCUAGAUCCGCGCUCCAAUAGCGCUACAUCAUUCAAACAACCCUGGAUAGUACAAUGUACGUUACAUAAGGAGUUUUAUUUCAUGACUAGUCUUUUUUGAAAAUGCACGUAAACCGAAAUAUCAUAUAACUGUUAUUGCCAGCAUCAUUAUUAUUAUUUUUGUUAUAAGGCACUCAUCGUGACCUUCAUUAAACGAUCCGCGCCCAUUCAUCAUAAAGCCUGUUAUCCCGCAAAUAUUUUUUUGCGGGAGAUAUGCUUUUAUUACCAAUAAAUAGGCCAAAAUAGCUGUACGUAUAGCCUAUAGUAAAAGUACUCAAGUGUGUGAGGACUUCUAGGCAUUCCACCAUAUCGCUCUUAAUGGUUCUCUCACUGACAUUGCCGUGAAUGCAUGUCAGUCUUAUGGAUCUCUAAUCUGUCGUUGACGCCCGACAUCCGCCUUUGCAUAGGGAGUUAUAUGCGUCAGUUUGCAAGCGACAGGAGGCGUUCCAGUGUCAAACGACGUUUAAAAGAUUACGGCAGAGGUGCAGAAAUCUCACUUUAAAAAGCUUAAGUGGAACUUCGUCUGGUCUUGGAGACUUUGGUUUGUCUGAUGCCUCCAAUUUUGUUCGAAUAAGGCUUUCUGAAAGAAUACGCUGCUGAUGACUGGUGCCAGCAGGUCUUCUACGAAGGAUGGAACCGUGCCACGUUUGUGUGAACUGAUUCGAAAAACCGUGAAAAAUACACAGCCUUGUCUCUUACUUCAUAAAUUGUAACGUCAUUGUUAGAUAUUAUUCAGGAAAGUUAGCGCCGUUUCUGAGUACUGAGUACUGUUUCUAAGGUAACUCUACAGUAAUUUCGGAUUCUGCAUUGUUUUCUGCAGCAAAUUCUUCUCAAUCACCCUAUGCGUUUAAACGAUCACACUUCUCAGUUCUUAAGUCCAAUUUGUCAGCUAUAAUAGGACCCCCAGGCGUCUUAAAUAAAACAUCUCAUUUAUUUACUUUUUCUCUGUGUUUCGUAAUUACUGAAAUAUCCGAUUUGCUAUUUAGCUACUCAGGCCGAUUGCUCUGUUUUAAACUCGACAACGGAUAGUGGCUAUUAAUCAUCUGUUUGAUGACAUUUUUGAACAACUCUCAAUCUUUAUUACCCUAGUAGCAUGUAGAUAUCGACAAGAUACUGCGUCAAUAUCGAGAUGUUGAGAUAAGUAUAUCGCCUGCAUAUCAACUUUGGCCACUUUGUCGAUAUACCCCAGAUAUCGACAUGUCGAGGUUGGGCAACGAAGGCGAAAAAGGGUCGUUUUAAUAUGCAUGGCAAAUAAACUACACCCCUUCCUUUGAAUAUGAUGUCUCAUACUCUAUUUCUACUACCUGUUCCUGUCGAAAUGUAACUUGUUUUAUCGUAUAUUAGGCGGUGCCGAAGACUUUGAACCCCACACCGAACCCACACAAACCGUGAAGACAAGCGAGCGGUAUUUUGCGAGUUGUAUUUUUAUCCCAUUUGGCAAAUUAGGAAAGUAACAUAUUAUCUGCAAAAGGAAGAGCCCGUAUACCCAAGGUACAGUCACUUACGGGCUUGACGUAAACCGUCAGGCUACCUAUUCUGAAAGUUAGAUAAAUGUAGAAUAUGUACGCACUUGGCUUACCAUUCACAUUUGAAACCUGCCACGUGCAGGGAGCGCUCUAGGUGUUAAGUGAAUAAAGCCUCCAAAUCAGUGAGGACCGCAUGCUCUUAUCUGUUCCAUCUCCUGUAAAGUUCUGUGUGGAAUAUGCAGCAGUUCACAUGUAAUCAGUUCGUAUAACUUUGCAUUUAAUAGGGAAAGCAUUUUCAUACUGUCCUUGAGGGCGCAAUCAUCGUCAAAUACUGCAUAGAAUAUGCAUUGCACAAACUCGUUAAUAUUUCAGUUUUAAAUGCGGGCAAUAGCUAGCCUUGACGCCUGCACAGGGUAUCUAUAAAUACAGUUUUGUCUCCAUCACGUUUAAGGAGCUUGGGACAUACCUGUUUCCCCGGGCGUUUGUUCUUUUGGAAGAUAGAUAGCGUCAGAGUAAAUGGACUUGUCUUAUCGUUGCGUUUGGAUGCUGCAGGCAUAGUAUCUGCGAAAUAUGCUUUCUUGCCGUCUCCCGCAAUGUCCGCCUUAACAUGGUGUUUGUUAAAAUGAUCAAAAUUAAUCAGAUAUUUAAACAACAUACGAAAUGAAGUGGUCAGCUAUAAAUUUAGCCCAGCAGGGUCACUCCCGCGCACGCCACCACAGGGCAAAUCGUAAUGGCGGCCCUCGCCUGACGCACACUCAGCGCGACAAUUUCGCCAGCGUAUCAGAGGGGAGUUAAAAAGGGCGGCUGACCAAUCAGAACGAUAUGGACACAUAUCUGGACAAGCGGCUCUACAGGCAUAUCGCGUCGAUAUCGGCAUGCUAUUAGAGUGGCAUUAUGCUUAAUCACCGAGUUCUAAUUGAGAUCGGACAAACCUCUCUUCAUCUGCUAGAAAUCACCCCGCCAAAUGUUAUGUAUUUGGUCUACAGUAUGCGAAACGGAAAAUAACCAAUAAGUCCAACUAACCACUAUAUGGCUGCUUCGGCCUACAUGCGGCUUAGAAAUGACGCUUUCUAUAUGUCUGACGUUUUCAUAAAAAAUAAAUCCUGGCAUUUAUCCUUUUGUGCAUCAUAUGACCUGGUUGGAAAACUGACGUGUUGUGUGAGAAGCGCUUACAAUUUUUCCAUAGAAGAAACUGUGGCUGGAGAUCAUUUUUAAGUACGACGUUUCAACGGUGUCCUUGAUAAGUCCUGUGAGUUGAAAUCGCUCAUGGUCAUGGCAUUGGCUCAAAUGAAGAAUUUUUCCAACUGCCCCAGUUAGAGAGUUUUCAACUGACAUAUGGCAGUGUCGGCUCCGAAUUAUUUUAUUGGGAUUUCUGGUUAACUGUCAUAGAUUUUGCGCAUGUGUUGUGCUUACUUUGCUCUAUCUGCAAAACAUGGUGUUUUGAUUCGCUAUAUGUUUGACGCUACUUUCUGCGUCAAGUGCUGAACCAAUCAGGACCGAGCCCUGACACUCAUAGGGUGCCGGACGUUGUCCUGUCGGGUUUCGUAUUUCUUUCCUCUUUGUACGUGCAUUUGUCUCAAUUUUCCCUCUUUUCGCAUGCACUAACUCUCCAACAUAGUGACUCUUGGUUGCUUUCUGAUCGCAACUGGAUUUAUGCCUCGAAAGGUUUCUAAGCAAGAGUCGGCUCAUUUUAGUUGCAUUUAGAUGCAUUUUUCAAAACUGCUUAUAUAACCACUUUGGCCAUAAAGUUUUUUUAAAUAUUCAACCAGCGAAAAUGACAGUUCGCGGACACACUUUCCAGCUUCCGGCCGUCAGACGGUCUCGUUUAUUCGUCAAUCUUGUUUCACUUAGGCCACUAAAUGAUCGGUACGACGCAAUGAUGCGCUGAAAUAACGCAAUGCAGAUUCCUUAUCCUUCCUCCCAUUGUCUUGUGACGUGAUAAAAGACAUCCCUCCGUAGUCAACCUUACAUCAAUUCGAAGUUCGAAUGCCGAAGAAAGCAUUGUACUUUAAAUAAUUGAGACCCCCAUUUGAAAGGUGGCACUUUUACGCAGUUGUGGGUUUGGUGAUGGUCGUUUUUGAUCUGUCCGCGGCAGUUCGUCUUUGCGCCUUUAAGCCUUUGAGACGACUGGGUACAGCGUCAUCCAGAGUAAAUACUUUUGUGUCUGGCGUCUCUGUUAGAGACCACUACGUCUUCAUUUCAUGCAUAACUUAUUUUGUUUGAAGUAAAUUUGCCUUCAAAAGGCUUUGCGCAGAUUCGUUGUAUUGAUCUGACCUUUGCAGCAUUUCUGUCCAAGUUGUGAACGCCUAAUACGUUGACUUUCAUGACCACUGACGCUUUAGGAUGCUUCUCGUGUAUGGGUAUCUAAUUGCUGCCGAUUUGCCCGGACACAUCGCUUUACUUUGCAGCGGUUGUUUUACCACGUAGACAAUGGUAGAAAACAAUAAAAAAAGGCCGUGAGCGCUUACAGUGUAUGUCUCACUGUCGAAAUGGAAGCUUAAUUUGUCCUGCUGAACGGCCUUAACACCACAUGUUCGUUGCGAUACUCGUGUGGGCUUCUGGAGCUUCGUUAACCAAGACCACUUGUAGACAAUGCGUGUUCUCAGCGUUUUGUUAACAUUCGACCCGAUAUUCUGCUGACAGCUUACAGCCAGUUGGAUCGGUUACAUUUGAACAGGUUUUAUAGCCGGUUACGCAAUGGCAUAUCGGACAUGAUGCCAAAACCGGCUCUUUGUAGGUCAGAUUGUAUCCUUAUCCGCUCACAUCUCGAAGUUGGAAAAGUUGCUUGGAAAAUAUGUGGUUUUUGGAAUUUAUCAUCAGGUCACUAUAAGUACAUGGAAACUGAGCGUGUUUGUCGUUGACGUGGAUUAUAAUUUUCUCGGGGGAUUAGCCGUACCCCUCGUUCUAACGCCACCUGAAUGACGAAGUUGGCAUGUUGUGAUCAUUGGAGCUAGGGGCAGGGUGUGAGCGGUGUCUACAUGUUAAACACACGGGAUGCGCAUGACUAUCAUUAGGGAGUUAGGGAGGCUUCCGAUCACCACUUGGAGCCGGUGUUGACCACGGAAACUGACUGCCUGUACCAACUUCUUCCAAUAACAAAGCGUUGGACUCGUUAACCGAAUAGCCACGUCCUCGGCUGUUGCAGCACCCGUUGGCGUAAGCCUUUACAAUAGUUUGCUAGUGCCCGGAAACGCUUUUUUGGCGUCUACCCAGUAACUCCUGUCGACUAGAUGUGUGAGGAUAGAACUCGAAAGCGAUCCGUUAUCGCUUCGACCUAGGCAGAUACGUAUGUUUUCGCGCGCCCUCUUAUUCGGACAUCUCGUUCUGCGGCCACUCUACAGGGUGAAUGAAUAAAUGCAUAUCGAUGUGGCCUGUAACAAUAGUCGGUCUUUACCUCCCGACCAUAGGAGGGGAGAGUCUGUGACGAAUGCGCGUAAGUUCGCCGCGAGGAAAGUGCUCGUGAUGGGUGUCUUUAGACGUACUCUUACAAGUUUGCUUAUUGCGUCCUCCAAAAAAAUUCGCCCCAAAACACGUCUUCCUUCUCUGCAGUUGCAGUUGUGGGCUUUGUUGCCCAUCCCCCAAUAUUCUGGAGGAUGAAGUUUUCUGGAUAGCCGUUUCCACGGAGUGUGUUUUGCAACUGCCUGUGUAGAACGACAUCGAGGGACACGAUUUCCUUAUCCGCCCCAGGUUUUGCAGCAAACGUUUGCGGGACUGCACCCUGUUAAACUUCGCAACUAGGGAGUCGAUGUCGGUGGUAUGACCUGUCGGGCAGAUGUCGUCCGUACACAAAGCGCAGAACUCGAGAUCAUUAAUGGCAUCCUUUAACCUCGUUUUCUCGACCCUGCUUAUGAAAACAUUUGCGAGAAACAGUCCAAGUGGCGAACCCAUCUCCAUACUGACUAUUUGUUUUUAUAGCUGGCCGUUGCAGAGAAACUGUGUACAGCACGUAAAUAGACCCAAUGAUCAAAGCAUGCCCACUUCGUCGACGAAUGUGGCUAACCCCCUAAGACACUUAUAAACCCCGUCCACGGCUGACAUAGGGGUUUUAGCCUUUAUUUCGCUCUUUGUGUCCGACUUUUUUCUGCCCCAACUUUUAGUAGCUACGUGCUCGCCAAGAAUGUUGCUGUCAGCACGAUUUUUCCCAAGGUCUUAGUGGAAAGAGCGCUGCAAUAUUGUCAGAUCGUAAACUUGUAUAGCGGUGAUUUUACAGUGCUUCCUGUCCCAACUGUUACCUGAACGUCCUUUUGUGUCAGUAGGGCCUCAUGGACGCAAAAUCGCUGCUAAAAAUCCAUCGGUCCACAUCCAAGAAGAUCGAACAUCCUCACAUCAAGUAACUUGCGCAAUUCUAUUGAUUCCUAGAUAUAACUCUCUAGGCAAGAUCUCGUGCAUUGUUUGCGGCGUACCGAUAAAAUCAGAGCUCACUUGGAACGCUCACAUUUUGAGCAAGACCCAUAAAGAGGUUUGUCUGACCGUUAUUUUUCCCCAGUUAACCAUGUAACUUUUAGAAUGCCCUGAAAGGAACCUCGUCGUUAAAACGGUUGCAGUCACACGUGCAAGCAACCCAAAGUGCCAAGGUGGCUAAAACCGAGGUAGGUGAUUGCGUUUCUUUGCGUAGUCUCGAUUAGGCCACGCCCAUUCCAAUCACAGCUGUUCCCGAGCCUGCAAUACAGUCUAAUUUGAGUGCCGAUCCUCCAUCCCGAACACCUGAGAAAAUCCAGAAGCCUGAACCUCCGAAGGACAAAGAAGAAGGUCCCAAAACUGUCCUACCAGAGGGCUUUUUCGAUGACGCCCGGCGUGACGCUGAAGCCAGAAACGUACCUUAUCGGGAUAAGUUAGAUGUGGAGAUGGAAGCUUUCCAAAAGGAACUGGGGUCACUCGACCAGGUUAGUCUGAUUUAAUCUUGCACUUCUUUUGCCCGUUAUCCGGUAAAUGUGUGUGCUCGUGUCCUUGGAAUCGCUGUUCGUUCGGUACCUUCUGUCUUCUUGGAAUCUUCCGAAAUUUGUCUCCUAAUUCGAUCGUUUGAACUCUGUCUGACGACAGGGAUUGUCCGGUUACGAGUUCUCCACAUCCCAGUGUCUGCUAUUACAAAUGUUCCAGUGUUAAAAUUACGGACUUUGACAGAUUUUGCGUUGUAAUUAUCCACUCCGUCAAGGUUUACUCCGCGAUUCCGACAGAAAUAUUACUUAGGUUACAGUAAGACCAUCGUGCUAGCUGGAUAUAAUUAAUUAUUCACACGACUGGGAAGCAUGCCGUCCAUAGCCAAGAUCGAUAGAUCAUCUGGCUCCCAAUCGUGGGUCGGCGGUACAUUUCCGUCCGGUAACACUUUCUGUCCGCGGAGAUUUCCUAUUUCCAUCAGCCUACCUCUGAUUGGUAAAUUACGAGUUAUGUCGGAUGAGGAGUUACCACCAGUCAUAGGCAUAGCAGAACACUUUGUAGUCGAUCAUUUUAUUGACUCGUUUUAGAGCUGCCGCCUUUAGAGCUGAAAGUGACUUAAGCAACUUGUAGGACUGUGUUUUUCCCGAUGGGCAUUUAAUCGGACCAACAUACGUAAUAAUAUCAGGGCGCUACUAUACACUUAAGAGACUGCCGAAAGGUUGUUUCCGAGAUAGAGAGAGAGACGCUGUUUUCUGAACUAUUAUUCUAAAAUAUUCGGCGAAAAGGCCUCUUCAUGGUGGAUGAGAAUCGGCCUGCAAAACAAAUCAUACCGGAAGAUCAGAAGCGAUAUCCAAUGGCUGCAAACUGCAAGUGCCGGCAUCGGGAAGAAUCGCCGGUGAAUAAGUUGCGAAAUUCGCGUCGGAUUUUGCCUCCUUCAAAGCGGUGCUAACGUGGUGUGCAAAUGACCUCAUCGUUGUAGUUCAGAUAAACAAAGGGAGAAAAAUAAGUAUAUAAUGAGCACAAUAGGCCAACAGAUGUGCAUAUAUGGAAAUUCCACGUAAAUGGAGAGCAGAAAAAUGGCGGCUCAAUCUCAAUCUGUUUGCGUGCUUUACGAUAAUCGAAGUAGAAUGUGGCAUUUACUUAUUUUUUUUAGGAAUCAGAGCAGAUUCAGGAGGAAGACAAUGCUACCAUGUUUGCUUCGAGGAAUUUACUGGAGAUUGACAAGCAACUGUGAGUUAUCACGUUUUCCUGGUCCUCCUAUAAUGUCAACUCUUGAAAGUGGAUAAGUUGUUUUCGCAUUCACUGCACUUAUUUUCCCUUAAAACUUUUUUUAACGUGUCAACGUUGCCCACACACUGAUUAACAAGAUACAUGCAGUUUUAUCACCAUCGUGUGAGCCUUUCUGUUUCAUUUACUGCGGACCGAGCGAUCAUGUUAAAUCUUCCAUCCCCGCUCCCAGGCGUACUUGUUGCUUGGACCAGUGUUAUGAGUGUUUUCGUUCGGCCAACUCCGCUCUUCGCAGUUAUAACAGAAACGAACAAAAUUCUAUGGUGUGAAGGAUAGUUUAUCUAAACUACUCUACAGCCAGAAUUUUUUGCGCGCUCCCGUCUCGGGAAGGAAAAUGUGGACCGAACUUCUCUGGGAAGAAGCAGUUUGUCCCAGCGGUCAUUUUCAUUUUCAUAAAGUCCGGCUCUGAAUUCCGAUUUUUGUGGCUUAACCGAAUGUCUUAACUGUUGCCCUUGACUCAAAAAACAUCUGCUUCAAUACGUUUCAUAAUUCGUCGUGGGACUUCAUCAGUUAAGUGGUCUUACAAAUGAAUAAAUGCGGAUGGAGCUAUCAGGGUAACAGUCGGGAUGAUUGCCAUCGUGACAUCAUAUGAAACUGAAAGCAAAUUAUGUUGCGGAUUGUUUCUCUUCACGCGUGACGAUCUGCGGCAGCGAACUAGGAGGCUCGACCCAAUCCCACCUCCUGUGAAGAAGACCGAGUACCCAAGGUCCAAAAGGCGCCUCCAUGUCCUGACGAACUGUGUUGAUCCAGGUUUUGAGCUGGCCUUAUCGGCGCUUCACAAUGGGCGGUGGUGCCGGAUCAAGGGUGGCAACACUGAACUCGUGGGACGGGCAACGAAGAGCGUUACCAGACUGCCUCAGUUGUCCAUCUUGGAUGGUCUGUUGUCGCAGUGUUUUCGGACUGUCUUAUUCAAGACAGAGUCGGUAUACCUUCGUUCAACGUAUCGUUUUCGGGCAGCGGUGGUCAGACGUCUCCGGUCUCUGCUCAUCAUCCACACGCACGGCCCAGCAUUCGCAAUCGUACUGGAAAACUGGUCGGACCAACGCCCGGUAAAUGCGGAUCAUUGUGGGGAUGGAAAUAUUGCGUCCGGUCCGUAGACAUUUUCCGAGGAUUGCGAAAACCCUUCGUCCAACAUAUGUUCGAAUUAUUAUGGGUAACAAUCGGGAGAUGGCUACCAAAAUAUCCGUUACCUAGAAAUUAUACCUUUACCAGUGGACUCAAACGCCUUCAGGCUAUAUCAGCGGUUGCAUGCCUACUUUCACGCACUACUUGGACUUUCACCGACGGCCUUACAUGGGCUGGCCGAACGAACAUCGCAGGAGGUACCAUGGACGAUAGUCGCUGUUACCCAACCUUCCCCAUCGUUACACAUCUACACCUGAAUAUACGGCAUAUAUUCGCAUUAUGGCAGUUUAUUACUAAACAAAAUCACGUUUAAAUAGGAUAAGUCUGCACAAUAUGGGACAGGAACAGUUCGCAGACAGCUGUCAAAGACAUGGCAUUGAGGCCAAACCAAAGACGAUACUGUACUUCGUCUAUGUGAGCCCACACAGCUCGACCUCAUACAGGACUUCCCUCGUGGAGUUUCCUUUUCAGUGUACUCCAGUAUGCCUCAAUGACAUUGGUGUGCCGUCCGGUGGUAGGGUCCUUAAAGUUCUUUGAGUGGUUAACAUAGAAAUGUAGAUAACCUUCUGAGGGAAGACGAUUAUACGCCUUCCACUCGUCCGUUACCACAAUACUGCCUUUGCCUAGCCAUUUUAUAAUAACGGAACGGAGAGCGGGCCAACUUCGAUCAUUCACCUGUCCAAACAAGGCUUGUUGUCGGCUAGUAUUGUACAUCCCGACCAGCCACCACACAUAAAACCCUAUAACCACCUGUCCCGUAAAACAGGCCGCUUUUGUUAGGCGGAUUUUCUUUAGUGCCAUCUUCUGAUUUUUACCUUAUUAUGUACACCUUGCUUUAUCACUUUUUUAGAAACUUAAUCCCGACGUAUUUUUAUCUGUCCACCUCUCCAAACUAACGACCGUUAAACCUCCCAGGCGUUUCUCACACCGGUCAGGAAUGUAGCUCGAAAACACUGGCUUUCCCACUGUUUAUAAAUAGACCGACGGAGUUAGUGCUCACAUCCAUCCACGAUCACAUCCUGUACAUAAUAAUGACUUUACUCUAGAAGGACGACGUCGUCAGCAUAGUCGAGAUCAGUUGGCUGGCCCCGGGAACAAAAUUUACGCUUUAGAGACUGAAUAAACCUCCUCCGGCAAUCCAGUCAGUAGUGUAAUUGAACAGGACUGGCGCCGGAGUGCAACCUUUGUGGAACGUCAGCCUAAGUAUGGAACGGUUAAGGGGGAUUACUCUGAACCAGAGCCCUCCAAGUGACAGACCGGUGUCACGUCUUGCUCACCAUGGUCCUUUUCGCGGGCUUAUUAUUCGACUGCAUCAUCCGCCGCAUAAACUCACGGUGAACGGGACCGGGUACUGUGGCGAAUUCAAUAAAUUAAACAGUUGCCGGUCUUUAGUAGCCAUGGCUUAGUUGGAAAAUGGGCCGAAAUAUGAGUAUUUGACCUAUACGUCCAUGUUCGUCUCAGAGCGUAUGGUGGCUGGUUCUCGUUCUAGUCUCACGCAUGCCAAAGCCACCCAUGAAUGACAGUGGCGAGAAAUACUGCGGAAACGUCGAUGUGACCCAUGUUCUGCUUGUUCUCACAUCUUGUCUUAUUCUUCUGCACAAAGACAGGCCCACAGAUGGCCGAGUAUUCAGCAUUCAGAACUGACCUCUGCUCCCCACGCUUGUUAAGUCACCCCAUGGAGUUAGGGCACCGGGUGUUGAUACAACAUCAGUCGACUUUGACGAGUUCUGCCGUCCUUUUGGGCGCCUUGUUCUUGUUCAACCUCAGUACAGGCUAGAAACGUAUAAAAGACCGCUGCAGUGAUGGAUUGAUAAUCCAAGUUGGGGUGCCAGAUGCACUCACGCCAGCACUCGACUCUGGUCAGUUUGUCAGUACCAAACUCGGCAUGUUGACCAACCGUCUUUGGAGACGGUGUCUAUCGUGUGCCCCACAGCAGGGUGGGCGCAGGGGCGAUGACUUGUGCGUGUGUUAAUUUAAAGUAAUAGUGGACUUGCGCUGCAUCCGCUGCACUCUUCCCGGACCCGGUACCAAGACAGAGUCAAGAAGACUGGAGGAGGGAGAGGGCGUAGGUGGUUGGCACGGCGAAAAGUCGCGCCUAGCCCAUACCACCACAUCCCCUGGUCCACAGCAGACACUUGGCCAGGAUUUUAUACAACAAGAAAAAGCGGAGGCGGCUUGAAUCCCAAUUGGCACGUCUGCUCCUGGGCGUGCCACCACACGCCCCCAUUUGGGCGUUUGUUAUGGGUACGCAUUCCCAAUAACUCCUGUCGAACUCAGACCUAUCCCCAUUGGCGGUCCAGCGCAUCUACCGCGUGGCCCGUUUGAAGGGCAAAAAUACCGCGAACAGAGUGAUCAUCAAUGCUGAUGGCUUGCCACUAACUUGUGAAAACAUUUGCGCGUUGAUCUGCUGUAGUGAACCCGGCUACGAAAAUUUAAUCUGACCAGACUGUAGUUGGUGUGUACGAUCAUCGUCCGAAUGAGAAUUUAGCAGGCGUUUGCAGUGAUGCUGGAGGCACUUUUUGGUGACAACCAGCCGACUCAACAUUGUCUUCACUUCUUGUACCGAUGGUGAAGUCCAAAUCGGCCAGUAAGGUGAGUGAAUAGUCGUCUAGCCCGAUUUCGGCCAUUCGAUACCCUGGUGUCAAUCAGCAGAUCACGACAAGGGAGUCUUUCAUUAAGCUCUUGCUACCGAUUUUGACGUGCUGAUGGAGACGACAAGGAUACCAGUAUAGUGUCUCUUUAGUUGUUCGUAAGCUAAAUGGUCAUUGACUGGUUACCAUGGCACCCACACGCCACACCUAUCAGGAGAGUUGCGUGGGCUACUGUGAUCGAGGACGAAGUAGGCUUGAUCCUUGAAAUAUAGAUUCCUCUAGAGCCGAAUUCGGGUAUUUUGAUCUCAUGUAUGCAAUAUACAUUCCUGUGACUACUGACGAAAAAUGCGCGUCGUCAGACACGGGUAUCAGGGCCGAGAACUUUCGCAAUAAGGGAUCGUGCAAAACUUAAUGGUCCAGCUGGUUCUCAACAGCCGUCCAGGCCACUUCUUCGAAGUCAUCUCCCAUAGCGUUUUAACCCAAGGACCUGAUCACGAGGUAAUAUUGACAGGCAGGCUUAUUUCUUUGGUAGGAAAUAAACGUGGCUAAGUCGCAUUGAUGAAACGAGGAGGGCGAAGUACCCUUCGUGGACUGUACUAUGACUUCCUUCGUAGACGACAGAGACCCUUGUGGUUUUCUUUUUCCUGCAGCUUUUAGAUAAAGCGUCACGUUUGGCUCACGGAACAAUCUAACAAUUGACUUAUGCUUCGUCUCUUGGCCUAGAAAGUGUGGAAAUCUGAUACUUAUGGGAACAAGCACGACAUACCCUAAAAGACCGUUUUUGUGUUGUCCUUGCGGAUUCGUGGGGCGAGCCCCGGCUAGUUUUCCUUUUCAUCCAAAUGCUCGAAAUUGAAAACUGUUGGACCGCAAUUAAAGAUAAAUAGCUGCUAGGAAGCGGACUGGUGGGUUGGAAGCAUUAAACCGUGCUAAACAACCCCUGGACUUUCGCAGUUCUCACAACUUGCAACCUUUGACUGUUUAUUUGACUUCGUUGCACAAUAUGGCCUACUAUAUAAUCACAAGUAGAUGAGUUUGGUAUACCAAUUAUGUAUUCCGUAACACUUCGUCGCUCCGUUCAGGCGAUUCGGUGAAGUGGUCGGUCGACUUCAAUUCUAGAGUACGUCUUCGGGCGUUUUAGACGGCACUUCCUCGUUUUUAAUGUAUGAAUUAACGUCCUCUUUUUGACUGACAACUUUGCAGAACAAUAGAGACUUUUGAAACAGUGAUGAGAACCCCAUUCUUUUUUUGACAGGCCUGAGUCUCAUGGACGUAUCGUUCAUCGAGCAUGUCGGAUUGAAGAACUAAGUAUGUACGCUCCGUGUUGUUAGGAACCGCCAGUCUAGGGUUCUCGCAAGUCAGGACGGGGCUCACCUACUUCGUCCUUUAAUCAUUUAUAUUUAGGAAUAUUUCCGAUCGUGGUCGACAGGAUGUGAGCCCUUGGUACAACUGGUAGAGCACGCUACUCAGGUUCCCAUCUCAAACUUUCCCGACUUACGUCUGAGAUAUGAGUAACUGACGACGACAAACAACCUAUAAAUUGCCAUUCCAGUCUUCCUAGUCAUUGUUGCUAAAACUUACCAACUGAUAUCUUGCAACCGUCUGUAAAACAGUAGGCCAAAGCUUACUUGAUAUCUUUGUGGUUCAGUGCGUGAAGUUUCAUUGCGUCUUGUUUCAGGACUUUGUAAGGUCAGCGUGUUCCAGUUCCGACUCAGCUUAGAUCUUAUAACCCUUAUACAAAGUACGGCGUCUCGGAAUACGGCAGUACCUUUACUUAUGAUGGCUUUUCAUUUUGGUUUUGCAAAUGCUUUUGGACGCUAUUUUUAGAUUCCAUGGGGUUCAAAUACCCACAGCAAAUACUAGCAGGCCUUUUGUGACCUAUUGCUAUGCUUACAUUUAGUUAAGUGCCAGGAAUUCACCCGCCUUUUCAGCAACUAUACAUCAUUGCACGUCAGUGCUAAGUUUAGGCUUAUCCGAUCUUUUUAUUAGCUGACUUGACCUUUGAUUUGCAGCCACUAAGUUCUCUUCUGAGUUAGGACGGAUCUGACAUACAAUACCUGUUCUAUCUCAUAAGAUGUUAGUCGAGAUCCUGAAGUGUAUUUUCGCUUAGAAGGGGUUAACUAGGUGGGAUUGUAACAUUGGUGUUUUAAUCUCAUCAAGACACUGACCUUUGAAUUCGCUUCAUUACGGCCACAAAAAAAUCUCACUAGCCGAAAACUGGUGCCUUCAGUAGUGUUAUUUUUCCGAUUACAUUCGAUGUCCCUGUAACUUCAAAUAUAUUUUAAGAAGACACCCCUAAAAUAUUUCUUUUUGUAUUAAUCAUAUAGAAACCAUGUUCUCACACAUUAUACUUGAAAAGGGCAUCUUUUGAUUUUUGAAAAAAAAACCUUUUCAUUUUCCGGGUAGUCUUGGACCAGACCUGCAGUUUCACUUGCGCUGGGUGUGUCCAAACCACAUGCUACAUACGUCCCGUGUAAGGAAAACAUACAGUAGAUGUGCUACAUCAUGAAAUGUUGACGAAAAUUCUGAAAUUUGCCUUCGGUUAGAAAAGAUUGCUUAGAUGGAAUUGUAGUAUUUAUUAUCAUGCAGCAUAAUCCAGAGAUAUUUCACUCGAGCCAAGAUGCCGGCAUCUUGGUGGGCCUAGUCCCGAUUGCCUGAAAAAGUUGAAUUCGGUAAAAAAAUUACUGCAUGGGUAGUAUGUACUUCCCAUUGAUUUUCCAUACCUUUAUAAAUUCGACUGUAUUUUAUAGGGAACAUGCACAGGUAUAUUAUUUUUUGUAGUCAUUUGGCACCUAAUGUCCUCCAAAUAUUAUACUUCAAUAAAGUGUAUCCCCCAGUUUUAAAAGAUUUGAAAUUAUGCGAUUUUUGAAGACCGUGAAAUGCCCAUUUACGCAGCAUUCUAGUAUAUAUGCCAGCUAUUGCGUAUUUCCCUGGGUGAAGAAAAAUUUUUGUCCCCACUUUAUUUGGCUUCAUUUAGAAGCUUGGUCCGUACCAGGUUCAAGGUGACUCCGUCACUCACCCAGGAUGUCUGCGAAUGCCAAUAUAGAAGCUAGUUUGGCAAUUUGGCAGGGAUGUUCUCCGCAGACAUUCAGUUCUAGUUAAACGGUGCGGGUGUAUGUGUGACACAUCGUACUUAGUCAGCAAAAAAGACAGCUAUCUACUCAGAGUAGGUUCACCUCGUUUAAACCCACUGAGUGUCCACGUAAAACUCAUCAUGCAAUCCAUGUACGUCAUGGCCUGGGUACAAUUAGCAUCCGACAUUAGGCCGGGGCAACAGUGCACCCGAGCCUCCUACCAACCUUUGGAAUUCAGGGCCUAGUCAGCAAAAACCACACGGACUGGAAUCUGAUUUUAUUAACCAUCUAUGGUCCUACCCGAGAAAUCAAUGUGACUCGACACAGCGAAGACGAUUUCCUACGGAGUAUAUUUUUGUCAGGUGGUUUUUAGAUUUAUGUCUCCUUUGUUCCGAGGACACCUUGAAUAUUCCGUCAAAGUUAAGCCUUCGGUUGAAUUACUAGACAUCGUUGAGUCUUGAUUUGUUUUUCCUCCGCCGACUGGCUUACCUCACACACCUCCCGCUCCCUUUUCAAUCUGUCAUGUGCAUAUGUAUGUAUGUGUCUCUCUGCGGUCCUGCCACCAAAACUGGCCGCGCUGUAGAUGCGCUGGACCAAAACGGAGGCUACAGUAGAUUCUAGCAGGUUUUAUUGCGAAUGAACACCCAUAACAAUGCCAACGUUUCGGGUGCGGUGGCAAGCCCAGUUGCUGGCUCACGCCGUGCAAACUGAGAUCCCCUGUCGCCCGCCCAUUUUGUUCUUGGUUAAAAUCGUGGUCAAGUGUUUGUUGUGGACCAGAGGGUGCGUGGAUACGCCUAGGUGCAGAUCCGGCCGUGCUAACCACCUGAGUCUUCUCCCACCUCCGGUCUUCUUGACUAUGUCCUAACACCGGAUCCAGGUGGAGAAGGAGGAGAGUGCAGUGGAUGCUGCGCAAGUCUGCAUUCACUAUAGACUAACUCGCCCGCAAGUCACCGCGCCUGCUCUCACCCUAUUGUGGAGCUUACGGUGGACAUUGUCGGUCCUGAUGGUCGAACUGUCGUCUUUGAAGUUAUAAGCCUAGCAACUUUCCCUUAAGGCUCAUAUCUAACUCUGAGAACAUCUUCCCAACGCUGCGGCAGUAUACGUCCGCUUUGGUAGGUAGACCUUGCAGUUCCAGCUACUGAAAUCAUUUUUCCUGGUUAGGCCUUGCAUCUCCCCUGUCUGUCAUUUAAGUGGGUUGGCGCUUGAUUUGGCAAAACGACCAGCGAUCAUGCAUGUCGGGAAUUCAGAGCGCACAGUGAGUGGUGACCUUCAUGUCCCCCGACGAGAUUAAGGUCAUUUUGAUAGCACGCUUGCCACAGCUGACGGCCGUCGGCCCGCAGUGUCCUCUGCAAUCCUUAUCAGAAAAAAAAGACUGAACAGUUAGUAAAACUACUUGAAACAUUUUUUUAACGGGUGUGAAGUGGCGCCUCCUAGGGGUUUAAAGGCAUUUUCACCUUGGUCUUUUUCUAUCUGGAACCUGGAUUAUCAGAAAAAAACAUCGGACUAGGUAGCUGUCUCUUAACUCUAGUUCAAGUCGUGAAAAUUAGGCCAUUAACAGAAAGCAUGCGGAUGCCUAAAUGCCUGCCUUUCCAGAACGCUCUUUCGAUCAUCCCUCUCUAGCUCUGUUCACGUUGUUUCUUUUUCAACUUAAGGAAUCUAGAGAUUUUUAUGGUUCAGGCGGCCCCCAUUUUUUCCAUACUUUGUAAAUAUCCUUAAUUAUCCGACUUUAUUUUAUCCCCUUUAAUUAGGGUAUAAAACUAAGUUCUAAGUGAAGCCGACGUCCAGCACAGUCUCCCUCUGUUCCCGUUAUGUAGUCUUUUAUUUCGUCUUCCAUUGUCCUUUCUAACAGGACCUCAAAAAGUUUCCGUAGACAUAGUUAGUGACUUCAGGAUAAUUUUUAUUCUUAAAAGCCAACUGCGAAUUGCGUAGACAUCUAUAAUCUGUCACAUAUGUUGAACGGAAUUUUUCGGCGAAAACUUCUUCUGAAAUUUUCUCGCAAAUCACGCUUGAUUGUCCGAUCUUCAUUUUCUGUGACUGUGCCAUAGUAUCGUUGUCAUUUACCAGUCCGGCCCGAUCACAAGGUGUCUAACUCCAGAGCUUCUUAUCGGUUUUUCCACAAAAAUAAUAAGCACUCUGAAGGUCGUCAGAUUAGCUUUCUUACCGUGCCAUUCAUUUUGUAUGUGGUGAAGGGUUCGAAUCAAAAAGAGGUAGGAGUGAAGGCGAAAUCCAUGUAACAAGUCUAUUGGCAGAUUGACCUGUCGAACUGAUGUAUAAGCUAUCUUUUGUCAAAGCGCUUAUUGCAUGCAGAAAUCGGACAGAAUUUGAGAUUAACUACCUAGUUGGCCAAACUUCGGCCGACAACGCUUUACCAUCGUAAACUAGCAUCGAGUCCGCAAGCCCGCCUAUAAGCCUCAGACAACGAUAACCCGUGCUAAUCGAAGAACUGAAAUGGGCGGCUUUGACGUACAGUAGAUGUGAUAACUCAUGAAAUCUCACGAGUUGCCACAAAAAUCCCUACAACGCAAAAUUCACCCAAAUUACGUUCCCCAAAGUCUUACAACAGUAAAAAAAAACGACCGUUCUUAAAAAGAAGGCAUAGUUGCAUUUAUACAUUAGCAGUUACGAAUUAAUUUUCACUUAAAAUGGCCAUAUUACAAAUCCGCUUAAUUAGAGUUAACUACAAGGGUGUGCAAGGAGGGAGGGCGCACGAAAUGGAGAAAAAAAUAAUGAAAAAUUAUAACAAGUACAAAAAAUCAGUACUUUGUUGAUUGUCCAUUUGCAUUUAACGCAGGGGAAAGUCUCUCAGACAUGGAGAUGGCCAUAUUGCCUCUAGUGGAUUGUCUAAUGUGAUUAUCUAUCGAAUAAUCAUGCUUUUCCUACAUUUAAAAUAUCGUCUUUGCCUUGUACCAAUUUCCUUUUAUUGUGCGAAAGGAUUUUCGCUGGAAUUGAGAUCCAGGCUGUUGCUUGGGCUAAAAACUCGACGGAGGCCACAUGCGGAGAGGCAGGCUGUUGUCCUAAAAGAUUACGGUUGAAAGCGUUAUCAGAUCCAUACUUCUUUAAAGCAGUAGACGGGGGGGGGACAUUGUCGUGUAAAAAUAUGACAUCCAUUUAGCGUCGAUGGAUGUCUUUGUAGCCGAAGACAUCCUUCACAAUGUUGACGAACACCUUGUUAUUGAUGGUGUCUGUAGUCGACCGCCAGACUGGACGCAUUCCGAAUUUAAUAGCCAUCCAAACCAUUAGCUGCUGACAGUUCUUGAAGGUUGUCUUCGGGGUAGUGUGCUCUUUUGGAAAGCUCUUUCCACAUAUGACCAUCCGGGUCAGCUUCUUAGACUUGUCUAAAAAUUGGACCUCAUCGCAGAAGUAAAUGCGCCUCCAAAAUGAGGACCAGUAAGCGGUAUAUUUCUUAGCAAAUAAAAAAAACGUUCUCUAAUAAGUAUUCUACUUAAAAACGGUUUGAUCAUGGCCUUUUGUUGAUGAAUUUUCCCACAUACUUUUCCUAGUUAUUUUCAUAGAGGACAUUGCAGAUGUUCCCUGUGAAUGGUCUAUAUGGGUAACGAUACUUUUAAUGUAUGACAAAUAAAACCAUUGUCUUGGUUACUUGCGGAACCUUUUGGUCCAUCCUGCUUAUUUCUGGUCACGGUUCUAACUUAUCAUUCGCCACAGAGUAACCUUGCUAAUUUUGAAAACACUUGCUAAUGACUCACUCGACAACCCAUUCGCUGCCAAUUUUCGUAUCUUUUCGUAGUCGACUGCUGACAUAAAUUGUCUGGGCAUCUUUAUCGCUCGGCGUGUAACAAAAAAGUGACAGCAUAUCACGGUACACAAUAUACAUUUGUUUAUGCCUAGUAAUUCUCGGCGUGGUAAAACAAACUACUGUCAAGCAAGUUUAUUACUGAAUUUUCUGACAGGAAACGCCACAGAUUUGUAAGACAGAAUUUUAUAAGCUGAAUUCACCCCGUUUUUCUUGAAAACAAUGCAAUCUCUCCUACUCGCCCUCACCUGAUUUUCAUGGAAGCAAGAUUCAGUUUUCUGUUCCCAGAAAAGAUUUAUUUCGUACUUUUCCUGUUUUUAUUAGUCUUCGUUUACAGCACAGUGGGCAUAAACAUGAGGUUUUUAUCUCCGAAUUUCACUGGCGUAGGAAGUUAUCUGGAUAUCAAUAAAGGCCAGAUUUAGUCCAAAUUUGACCCGUUUGCCCUUAAUAAAAUGAGUAAAAAUGAAUCCCUCUUCAGUAAAUGGCUUUCUGUGUCUCAAAUCAAUUCAAUAAACACAACUAACAACAUCAAAUGUGUAACAUACUUCUCACUCAAAUUCCGAUCACGACAUUUCAUGAGGUAUACCAUCUGUAAUUGCGUGGAAGCCAACCCCUGACUACCAGCUUUUGGCACAAUAUCUCGUUUGAAAAUAUAUGCGUAUUCACUAAGUUUGUUCAAAAAACUGUUUGCUGCGUAUCCACCGUCUAGUAAAAUCCUUACGGAAGCAGAACGGCAUCACCGACAUCUGGCGCUCGAACUCGCGACCUGUCAGUUAGAAGUCCAACGUCUCUAGCCACUAAGCCAUGGCCCGUUGUCCUGUCGGUUGCGAUCGGGAAUAUACCAUUGUAUAACUGGCUGACGACGGCUAAUAAGCCAGAAACGGCUAUUCUUGUCUCCCUUGUCUUUGUCGGUAAUAACCUUCAGCCUAUAUCAUGCGCCGCUGUGCUGCUGCUGGUUGGGUUCGAGAGGGAGCCCUAAGGCACAACGGGACGAGUUCCGUAUAAACAAUCGGUGAGCGCCCCUCUACCCCUUCCUGAAGCCUUCGCUCUCCCGAAAAACAAUCACAAAUGUGAUUAUGAGUCGCUCGUGGUCUAAUUUGCCUGUCCGCCUCUAGCACGCACACCGCGCCUCCGAACGGUUAUCUCGUCGCUGUAUUCCUCGCGUGUGGGGAAGCUCUCAGUCUGCACCCCAAUCACGACAGGUCCCAUCCUCCUUUUGACCUCCAAAAGAGCUAAAUGAGUCGUUCUGCUGACUUUUGUUUCCUCGUGGCCCCACUGGUGGCGUCAUUGAUUCAUCCAUCGAUCGGCGCUCGCUGUUUCAAUUGUUCACGUUGAGGUACACGUUCGUAACCGCACACCCGACGGCGUGUUCCUGCAGCGGUUACUUUCUGAGAUUUGGGACGCAACUUGUCUCUGACGAGCUUGUGCACGCAAUGGCUGCGUGCACAGUGGGUCGUUCAGUGUGCGGUGAGCACGCGGCGAGUUUGUGCUCCUUGGAGUUUGCUAGUAGUUAUCCCUAGUACUCACGCACCCACCCGCCUCGCCCUAAACUGGAUUUUGCCGCUCGCUUGGUUUAAAAAUGUGUAGGUUACAGUCUAAGACAUACUCAUCUGUGUCUGUUCUUUUUUAAUCGCACCAGCGCCUCCCAAUAAAGCUUCCAAACACGUACAUCUGAAACCGCUAGAUUUCCUUACUAUCAAAUGAUUUCUGGCUUUUCUAACCAAGACAAGCAUAAUCCAUCUCCCAAAGUGAACAUUGCCGACAUUUAUGCCCCAACUGUUAGAUGCGACUUUAAAUUGGUCUGACUUAUUUCAUUAUUGCCAGUCUCGUCGACUCUACUACGUCUAAAAAUACUAAGAACUGCAUUAUUAGUGGAAGGAGGCUCGGUGGACUGUUAGAAGGAAAUGUCAGACAUUUGUAGCCAAAAGCAGGUUCUGCCGACAUCUGGUAAUUGCGUUUGGGUUCUUGGAACACUUUCGUGUACGUCGAUCAUUGGUUCAACGCAGAAAAUCCACCCUUUUCGGCACGCUGUCAUCUGGGUAUUCGAGUUAUCGUUGCUUUGCUCGGCAGACCUCCAAGCACCGACUCCGAAUGCAUUCAUGCCCGAACAUGGCUGUCGCCCAUAAGGUAACGUGUCUUUGUGAAAGCUCAACUAUCGUGGCCGACGAUGUCCACCGUGUGCUCCACGAUAGGGUGAAAGCAGGCACGGUGACUUGUGGGCAAUUUAGUCUAUAGUGAAUGUGGACUUUCGCAGCAUCUACUGCACUCUCCUCCCCUAUCUGGAUCCGGUGCUAGGACAUAGUCAAGAAGACCGGAGGUGGGAUAGGGCUCGGGUGGCCGGCACGGUCGGACCUGCGCCUGGACAUAUCACCACACUCCCUGUUCCACAACAGGUACUUGACCAUGAACAAAAUGGGCGGACGGCAGGGGAUCUCAGUUUGCACGGCGUGAGCCGGCAACUGGCCUUGCCACCGCACCCGGGACGUUUGCAUUUGUUAUGGGUGUGCAUUCCCGAUAAAGACUGCUAGAAUCUACUGUGGCCUCCGUGUUGGUCCAGCGCAUCUACCGCGUGGCCCGUUUUGGGCGCCCACGCAUUCACAGACGUUUGUGUACGUCAUUUUGCUCUCAAAAAGCUACUGUUCUACUGGAAAUUUUCUUAAAAUGUCUGACUUUGCUUUUCCGGUGUUGGCACCUGUUCUCGUUUCUAGUCGGAUGGAAAUUUGAAUUUCCUGUGCUUACGCUUACCAGGAGUUUAUUGACGUCCAAGUCUGACGAUGGGUUACGAUCUUCUGCCAAAUCCAUAGUUUACUGCAAUUCAGCCAGACCCGCUCAGCGGUUUCUCUUUUUUGAAAUUAUCAUUCAAGCGUCCGUACUUGUUAACCAUUGAAAGACCGCUUUUCCUUUAUUUGCCUUCUCUCUGGGCUUCUCUUUUGUCGUGACAACUUAGGCCGUGGACGGACCAUAACCACUGCAACCUUCAGGCCCAGCCCUGACUAGAAAGAGAAGAAUGUGGACGCCAGUAGAGGAAACAUUGUGCAGAAUGAAUGGAUAAUCGCUUGGAGCAAGUUGGCGGCCGGACGAGGGCACACUUCCGACGCCGCAAGAGCAAGCGUCCGAGCGCCCAGAUCGAAGGCAUGUCCGAGUCAGUCUUGAAGCCGGUUCAAAUAGCUGUGAUUGGCCGAGAACCAGACUCCAAUGGUACGCAUGGGAAGCGCGGCGUUUCGGCUGUCGUUCUAAACUGCCAAUACGGGAGGAAGUUCAAGUACUUCAAGUGCUACCUGAACUAGAACAUCCCUGUCUUUUAACGGUCUCUAAGGACAGUUGAGCUUUUUACCCACUUCUACUGUGGACUUUGGAAGGGAAUAAAAAGGACCGAUCAGUUUAGCUAAUUUCCUGCGACUUUUCAGAGUAGGUCACGGUGCCCUCCUCGUAUUGCAGGUGACCUUGUGCCACAUUCCAGGGACGUCUAGGGUUGAGGGUAGUUUGGAGUAAGGCUUAGUGGUAGGGUUAGGACACGGAGGUCGUUACCCACGGAAUUUAACGCGGAACCACCUGUAUUACGGCAGCUUCCUGUUCCCGUGUCUUCCUCCCUUUCGGUUGUGAUUUAAAGUGCUUACGACAUCGUCUAUCGUUCGUUUUUAUAAGGCCCGCAUGCAGAAUUAAGUAUGACUCCGCCGAAUUUUAAAUCUGUAUGCAGUUUUGUCCGAUUUCUAGGCUUAAACAAAGUUUGGUCUGAAACAGUGAUUACCGCUAAGUCAGGUUUCUACUUGGUUAGUUUCUUCGUACUGGUGCUGGUAUUUUCGCUCGUUCUUUUGCUUUUGGAUGACUUUUAGGGCGCACAAAAAUUAUUCGGCGGUUUUUUCUUGAUAUUUUGGCAUGCCAUUUAUCUAGAGCCGGAGUGCCACUUUAGUGGGUUGUAGGCUGUCCCGCCGCCAUGACUGCGAACUAAAAACUUAAAAUCGUACCUCCGGGUAUGCUCCUGAUAAACGGUUAAAUAAGUGCACACUUUUUGCAAAUUUUAAAACGUUGAUACAACGUUGUCGAUUCUGCAGGCUGUCUGCUCAUUGUGCAAUAAUUUACCGUACUAACAACACAGGUAUUAGCUAAAAGCCCAGACACGCGUGUUUCGCCGAUCUUGUGCCGCUGCCUGACGCAGCUGCGAGGGGUUCGGCUCGUCAGUGGGUCCCCCAGCUUUCCCCGUGUGUUUUCUGGUAUAUGAACUCCAGUUUCAACUUGCCUUGCUUAAUUUCCGAGGAAAUUAAUGCGCGAACUUGGAGUACCUCUUUCGAAACAGGCCUUUUCAGGCACGGUCCGAAAUUUGAUAUGAAUAUUUGAGCUGAAAUCCAUCAGCUACUGCGGAAUAACCGCUUAAUAUUCACAAACCGCCAACGGGCAGCCAGUAGUAUGGCACUGUGCAAUAAUUUACCGUACUAACAACACAGGUAUUAGCUAAAAGCUCAUUAUUACCCAUAAUUUACUGAGCCUAGGCUGGUAUUCCAUUAGCGGAGAGCUUCAUCCGUAAGUCUAGAGGCAGCCACAUAGGAAUGGAUUUGAUCACUGUAUCCUGUAUCAAUGCUGGUCGCUAUGCGACUGUUUGCGAAAGUGCCAGUCAUGUCCGAUAAGUGGAUUGCUGAACGCCCUCCCCCCCCCACCACCACCACGGGCGUUUUCGUUUGCCCUCAGAACUAGGGCUCUAGAAUCCUCGGAUUAAAUCCCUUUAGUUCCUGUCUUUGGUUGACACGGGGCAACGAAUAACAAUAAAUAAGUUACUCCAGUUUUUGUAAAUGACACCUCUAAAGCAGUUCUCUCUGUUUGACGACUCAGUCACAAUUUCUCAUCAUUACCAUCAAAACGUCAACUUUUCGGUUUCCAUGUUUUGAUAGGAUUUUCUCGGCCUCCAGACGACGUGAAACACCACUAUUGUUUCUCAUCCGCAUUCACUAACGUCGUUUUAUCCGAGUAAGGAGAGGAAGACUGCGCACUGGAAUCUUUUGUUUACUUUUCUGAGCUUUCGAACUCAUUCUGGAAUCAAUCGUCAGAGAUGACAGCAGCAACGUAACAAGUAACAAUGGUAGGGAGUGUUAACCAAUCAACAACUAGUGCUGCCGGUCUUGAGGGGAUUGUUCUGGACUCUGUAUGUCGGCACCAGAUCAAUACACCGAUUGAGUCAUCCUGCACGAGUUCGAAGGCUCGAAAAAAAAUAAACAAAUGGCUCCGGUACUCAACCAGUCUCUUUUGUAAUUACUCAUAUAUACACCUUGAACUCGAGCAUUCUCAUCCAUUUAUUAUUUUAUUCCUCCAACAUACUGACAGCCUGCGGGGAGACCUUUUUCUAGCCUGCAUGCCGUCACCAGCCAACCUUACCCCGAUUCCAGGUGGGUACCUGGUAUUUGAAACCACCUAAGUCAACUGGUAAUCGGACAUUUUUGAGUCCUGGACCUUAAGCCAUCAGGACCACAAACCCCAUAUCCCGGCGGCUGUAAUUGGGAAUAUUUAAGGUUACCCGGAAGUGACGUUUCACCGAUCUGGAUGCGAUUUGCCUUUAAGCCCCCCUCUCUGACCCUUCGUAGGCAGUUGCACAGCAACAAGUACGCACUAAUAGAGAAGUGUUGUCCACAAAGAGUGGGGAAAUUGGAAUGAUAGCUGUAGAAUUCUUGGCAAAUUGAGUCAAACGUAUAAGCCAAAACAGAUUUCGGUGUAUAUACGGUACUGUUGAUGGAAUAAGGUGCAGUGAGUGACCGAUUUCAUGAAAUGUUGGCUGAAAUUCUGAAAUGUAUUUUCGAUUAGGAAGGAUUACUUAAGCGCAGUUGUAAUACUGAUUAUCUUGCGGCAGAAUCCUAUAUUUCGUACUCGGCAGAAUGUCGGCGUUUGAAUACACUGCUUUUCAGACUCCCGUAGAAACCGUCCUCGGUAAAAGUGGCUACUUAAGUAGCAGGUAUUUUUCUCAUUGAUUUUCGAUGGUCUUACAAGUUCAAAUAUAUUUUAUAGAAACCCUCGGCAAAAAUGUGUUUUUCAGUCGUUUGAUAGAACACCACGUCAUCUUUAUAUUUUCCACUCGAAUGAGUAUAAUUAGGUUUUAAAAAAGUUUCUAAUAAUGAGGUUUUUUAAGACCGCGCAAUGCCCAUUCAUAUAGCAUCGUACCUGUCCGUUUACGACAGCUCCUCAUGAAAUGUACAACGUAAUCCGCAUCCAUUGCAAAAUUUUAUGAACUCUAUAUGAUAUCUUUUUAAACACAUAGAAGAUUAUGUCGUUUUCGUUACGCGGAGCUCAUGCCCCUUGUAGACUGAAAUCACUAAGCGCUAAUGGAACGACUGACCAGGCUCCAAAUUAUUCAGCAAUUAUAAAACUUGUUUAAAACCUAAUUAUACUCCUUCUUCUAGCAUAACAUAUAAAGAUGACGUAAUCCUCUAUUAAAUGAGUGAAAGAAAGGAUAUUUUUGUUCGUGGUUUCUAUAAAAUGUAUUUGAAUUUGCACGACCAUCGAAAAUCAAUGAGAAAAACACAUGCUAUUUAAGUAGCCACUUUUUACCGAGGACGGGUUCUCAGGGAGUCUGAACAGCAGUGCAUUCAAAGCUGACAUCCUGCCAAGUCCGAAAUAUUAUAGGAUUCUGCCGCAAGAUAAUCAUUAUUACAACCGCGCAUACGUAAUCCUUCCUAACCGAAAACACAUUUCAGAAUUUCAGCCAAUAUUUAAUGAGAUCGGUCACUUGCUGUAAUAGUAAAAAAACGUACAAACCUCAACAAUGGAUGCCCUAGACAAAGAAUUCCUUUGUUACUGUUCUAGCAAAUCGAAUUCCCAACUCAAGGUCAGAAUACAAAACUAGUUAUUUAAAAGAACGCCGAUCACGCUCGAAAGAGGGUUACAAAAAGGGGGGAAGGGGAAUGUCAACAGGGGCCAAAUGUGGAGGCACUUGCGAGGAGGGCGUGGAGACUUCCAAGCUUUGACCAGCUGGAUACAACAAUAGCCAUUUGGGACUUGGCAUCCACCAACUACACCCUAGACUAGGUCAAAGGCAGUUAUCACAGUCUUCCUCCUCUUUGUCGACACCUCUAUCUUGUUGAUUGUGUGUUUACCUCUAGGCUGGAGCAGAACGGUAAGACCACGUUGCCUUCUACAUUUGGAUCGGUUAAAUCGCACUUCCGCAAGACCUGCCAUCUCCUUACAUUCACCUUGAAGAACAUGCAAAUGCAGCUACUCUGGGUGAAAGCAAGUCCGUUUUUUGACAUGUUAACACGAAGCUCCCAUCCUUCCAGUGAUUGUUUAUUAAGGCGCCAAAACCAUAUCCUAAUCAGUCCUUGAAUAAUUGUUGCAUCAUCUACAGCAAAUUCUGCCGUCUGAGGCGACCGUAAGGACCGAAAGUUGGGUUGGGCGGCCACUUACGAAAUAUGCACAUAUGCAACGAACUUUCUCGUCUAUUCUGUCCUUUGAAAGUUGCCUGAAUAACUUUUGCUUUCAACUUACGUGGACGUAUGCGAAAGACUUUACUCUCAAUCGUGUCUUGAUUAGUCCGGUGCGUUUCCUGGAGUCUCGUAGUCCCACUUACUCUUGCCAAGGCAGCCCCUAUUUAACUUGAAAUGGCUCAGCAAGUUCAUACAUAUGGGCCUUUGAAUUCGUACCAAAGAGCGCCAGUGCCGUCCUUCUUUUCAACUUAUAUCCCUCAUGCCCUUUUCCCCGGUGGCACACUGAGAUGUUGCGAGCCAUAACUAUGAGUCGCUUUGCGAGUUUACGGUGUAGUCCGCGUCAGCCCUCUAGAAUUCUACGACCUCCAGUUCCCAGUCUAUUCGAAGAAGUAUUUCUAGGCUCUUGAUUCUGCACAUAUUGUCAAAAUAGCCUGCUCGCAGUAAUACAAGGAUAUAAAUUACCGGCAAAAUCGGGGUGUUUUUGAACGACAUAGUUGUUAUCAUUUGCACACACCUAAUGUCGCCCUCAUUGCCUUUUCCAUCGUUGAUACCGGGUAAUCUGGAAAUGUCCUCCUUAUUAGGGUUUAAAAGCAGCGUGCCUUAAGCCCACCAAAAUGCCACUUUAUGGGUCGAGUUCCAUGAAAUUCAAUCUGACCCCGCAUAAAGACGCGGGACCCUCUAUAUUUAAUUGGGUAUUUGCACCGGACACAGCGUGCCCAGCUGGUACACUCUCAAUGCCUGCCUCCCUUACUACUCAAUCCACUGGUUCCUCUGAAACCUCAUCAUUAACCACGUUCGGAAACGGACUGCAACCUCAAGAUAAUAGUGACCUCUUCCAGACUUCUGCGGUUUUAUUGGCGUCUUCCGGAUUCCUCUGUCCGCUUGUCCAAACCAUUGCAGCUGGAGGACCCUCUUACAAAUAAAAUAUUUAUUUACCUAAGUGGGGUUUCAAAACCAUGGCCAGCGCGGAUAACGGCGGAAGGACUACCAAUUUAAAACACCACAGAGUUCAUUCACGUAGGAAUGACUGCGUCGCACAUUAAUGGAUAAUGUUUAUUUUCAAACAUAUGUUUCUCCCCUUUUGUACAGGUCAAUGUGGAAAAGAAUCCACCAACUGGAGUUGGAAAAGGAACGGAGUUUGGCUCAGAAAAAGCUCGGCAGCGCCGUCCGCAAGCAGGAUAAUGCUACCGACGAUCCCGUCGCCACUUCCCACCCUUCCAUUAAGAAGGAGGAUGAAGGAACAGAUGGUGAGACCGGUGAUGAGGAUACGGAUGGCAGCGACCUUGAGGAGUUAGACAACUUCCGAUGUAAAUCGGGUGUCCGAUAG